GUUCUGCGAGGGAGGCGGGAGCUAUGUGUUGCUUUGGAAGGACUCCAGAGUCCUGGGUUGAAAUCCCAGCUCAACUGCUGAGUUACUAGUGACUUAAAGCAAGUUCUUGACCCUGGAUUAUUGAUUGUGCCUUAGGUUGGGUAGCUCUUAGCGCAGUGCUUAGCAAGGAAGACGGGGCUAGGGUAAGGGGCUGGAGAUGGGGCUGUGGUUGAAGGCAAGAAUGGAGAUAACGGUGUAGUAGCCACAGAGCUCUUCUGUCCCCACGCCACCCCCACCCUGUGGCCCUCAGUUCCUAUACCAUCGGGCUGGGCCUGCACAGUCUUGAGGACGACCAUGAACCAGGCUGUAAGAUGAUGGAGGCUCACCUCUCCAUCCAGCACCCAGAGUACCACAGAGCAUCUUUUGCCAACGACCUCAUGCUCAUCAAGUUGGAAGAAUUGGUGCCCCAGUCUGACACCAUCCAGAGCAUCAGCAUCGCCUCACAGUGCCCGACCGCUCGGGAUUCUUGCCUCAUUUCCGGCUGGGGUCGGCUAGCGAAUGGCGGACUGCCCAGAGUGCUCCAAUGCGUGAAUAUCUCAGUGGUGUCGGAAGAGAUCUGCAGUGAACUCUAUGCCCCGGUGUACCACCCCAGCAUGUUCUGCGCUGGUGGAGGCCAGGACCAAAAGAACUCCUGCCAUGGUGACUCUGGGGGCCCCCUGGUCUGCAACGGGUCCCUGCAGGGCCUUGUGUCCUUUGGACAAUCCCCGUGUGGCCAGCCCAACGUGCCAGGCGUCUACACCAACCUCUGCAAGUUCACAGACUGGAUACAGAAAACCAUCCAGGCCAGUUAAAUCCAGGGACUGGGACCCAUGAAAUUGAACCCCCAAAUAUAAGCUGCUGAAGAGAUUCAGGAAUCUGGGUUCCCAGUGCCUUCCUCUUUCAGACCCAGGAGUCUAGACCCCCUCCCCCAUCCCCAUUAGUCCAGUCCUGCUAAGAGUAUCUUCCUGUACACAGUGCCCCCUGGUGGCACAAUGUUGACCCCGCCUUACCAUUGGUAGAGAAAGUUGGGUUUU